AUGCACGAGUUGCUCGUUUGGUGGAAGGAGAAAGCCGACUCUAGUGCUCUUGCUAAGGUGUGGCUAGCGGGUUUCAUCCUGGUCCCUUUUCAUAUAUGGAGUGAGCGAAAUAGGAAACGCUUUGAAGGGAGUUGCAAUAGGUCUGCCUCAGUUUUGCGACUCUUGAAAUCAGAUCUCAGGGACGCCUCAACGCUAAUGAAGUGCUUCAUCAAGUCUAUGCAGGAUCUGGUUUUAGCUCGUGAUAUUGGUGCUUCUUUUCCAAAUGCCAGGGCUAGAAGGAUUAUGGAAGUUCAAUGGAGAAAACCUGAAGAAAAUUGGAUGAAGCUAAACAUUGAUGGUUGCCCCAUAGGGAAUCUGGGACAUUCAAGUGCAGCAGGGAUCCAACGAAACUGCCAAGGACACCCUAAGGGAAGUUUUGCACAGUACCUAGGAGUGUCUACAAACUUUACAGCUGAGUUCUUGGCAUUUUUUCUUGGAGUUCAAAUGGCCAGGGUGAAGGGAAUACAGAGGCUUUGGAUAGAGUGUGAUGCAGAAGCAGUGGUUACAUCAAUAAGAAAUAGUAUAGUUCCUUGGUUGUUCAAACAAUCUUGUGGGAAGUUGCAGCAUAUCUGA